AUGUAAAGUGGAAUUCACAAGGAAGCUGGAAGGAGCCGUCAGUAGGUGUCUGCAUCAGGACAAAUACGAGCACAUGAACGAUUUCUCUGGUGGGUACCGGUGCAGUGAUGGAGUGAUGAAUCGCUCCCUGGAUUGGCUGUAUCUGCUGCCCGUCAUGCUGCCAGACAGAGCGUGGGUGCUGGACCAGAAGAGCAGAUGUGCUGGGUCUGGUGGUUCUGGGUCUCUUCUCCAUGGAAAGAAACGCUGCCCUUAGGAUCCUCCUGCUUGUUUUGUACAUGGGAUUUGCGGUGUCUGAGGAUGAAAUGAAUGGCAGUUCACAUGUGUUUUCAGAUCAAGAUUCUCCGCAAAGAAAGGGUCGCCAUUAUGGUGGUGGUGUGAAGCCAAAACUUAAUGUAAAUCAAAUGUCAGUUACACAGGUUGUCAGCUACAACUUGAGCAGGAAAGGACAGUGGGAAAAAGCAGCCACCCACAGCUAUUACAGCCCUCUCAACGUCACGGUUAAUGGCAUCCCCUGCAUUCUGUUCUGGGCCAAGAGAAUCAUGAUUAAGUUUGAAAACCACACGCAGCUGGAUUUGACAGAGAAGACUUUUGGUGUCCAUGCAACAGUGGAUGUUGGAGAGUCAAACUGCAGUGAAGACAAUGCAGUGCUUUCUCUGAACUUUGGUGACAUUGGCAAUCUAAAGGGACUUGUUAUUCGAUUCUUAUUAACAACCAGCUAUUACCAGCUGUCUGUUCAGAACCUGUUCAGCUUACACAGACUGCAGCUUCUUUACAACCAUUCCAUACAAGCGACGUUUAAUGCAACUAGAAUAUGCGCACCAGCAAGUUACUCCUACCACUGUGAACAUGUGAGCAGCUUGCAGAGAUACGAUGCACUUCUCAUACCCAGCUCUGCAAAUGAUCUUUCAAAGCUUUGGGAAGUCACUUUUAUUGAUUUCCAGAUUCAAGGUUUUAACAUUCAAGAAGGACACUUUGGCUAUGCAAAAGACUGUGCGUCCUUUUUCUCUCCAGCAAUACUUAUGGGAUUGGUUAUGUCGCUCAUUCUGCUGCUGGUUCUUGCCUACACUCUUCAUAUGUUGAUCCACCUGAAGUCUCUUGACAGGCACUAUGAAUGCAAAGCUUCUCCUGCCUAUUUUCCACAGAUGAAAGACAAUGACAUGGGAGAUGAGAAAGAGCCACUGAGAAGCAAUGGAAAUGAGUCGUAUGAACUCAGAAACCAAAAGCUCUGUAAAAUCUACAUUUAGCAGUGCACAUUUAUCUGUCACAGUGAAAUAAAUGAUAUUUUCUUC